CAUCUCCGUUUCUCAUCAUUUGCUAGCGAGUGUUUUCUCGAUCUUUUGGCAGCCAUGGCGAGUACUUGUAGUACUACUAGUCUGUUUCUGUUGUUGGCACUGUGUGUCCUCCCGGCGCUUGUUUCCACGCGCCAACUGGGGAACCCCUUCCGCGUCAGAGGACGCGUCUACUGUGACACUUGCCGCUGUGGGUUCGAGACCUCCGCCUCCACUUACAUUUCCGGUGCAAGGGUUAGAAUCGAGUGCAAAGAUAGGAAGAGUCUACAGGUGGUGUACAGCGUUGAAGGAGAGACAAACUCAGAUGGAACAUACGAGAUAUUGGUGGAAGAUGACCACGAGGACCAAAUGUGCCAGUCCCUUCUCGUCAGCAGCCCCAUUGCCGACUGCAAAUCAGCCGACCCAGGACGUGACCGUGCCACUGUCGUCCUCACCCGCUACAACGGCUGCCUCAACGACCAGCGUUUUGCAAAUGCUAUGGGCUUCCUCAAAGAUCAGCCCUUGUCUGGGUGCCCCAAGCUGCUGAAGCAGUACUUGGAAACUGAUGAAUAAUUGAAGGGCGCGGCGGCCGGCCUAGCUAGAUCGAUCGAUCUGUUUAAUUUACUUCAUUUUGGCUAUUUAAUUAGUUGUGAUUUGGGUUAAUUAUUUAUAUCUAUGCAUGCUCUUGUCAUUGUUCUAAAUGA